AUCAACAGAAUACCACUGAUAUACAUUCCACUCUAUUCGAAACAAGUCGCUUUUUCCACUACAUCCAUCAACUAAAGUGCCAGAAAGCUUAAAAAGAUCACAUCUAUUUGGAUAUACCCUGACCGCUAUUCGGAUUAUUGACACCACGCACAACCGCCUAAGGAGAUCAACAAUUGACCAUUUUGAAAAAGUUUGUUUCAUCGCUCAUUUUAAGUGUACAUUUGCAUAAAAAAGUUUGAUUAUAUCACUAGAAACCAUGUCUGAACCUACUGUAACCGUUUGGGAGGCCGUUGCCACUGGGCUCGUACAACGAGAUGAUAUGCCUAAAGUGCAGGAUAUGCCAUCCUUGGUAAAUCAAAACAGUUUCACAACCCCAGCAAUCUCUAUUCCAUUAAGCAGUAAUAAUCCUUUCAUAAUAAGACAGAACAAUCCUACAGGUACCGUGUUUAUUGCAGUGGGGGCUAUUGUUGGUGCUAUCUUGUUGGGUUUUAUGUUGUACCAUUUGAUUGUUUCUAUUACCGCAUCUAGAUUAGCCAAGAGAACCAGGGCUUCUGAUAGACAAAUGUACGAAAAAUACGAAAGCAAUAAUAACCAAGCUUACGGUGUUACUCCUACAUCUACCCUUAACAACUUCAACACUGAAUACCUGAACUCGGUAUCCAAAUUACCAUUGUUGUCCAAUACUAAUAGAGCCAUGUCUUCGUUUAUCAACAUUAAUGGAUCACAAGCUGGUGACGCUUCUACUAUUUCUGAAGCCCAACAUCAAGCAACUUCCAAACAUGAUUUGACUAAGAUGUUUAUUUCUCCAACAGCCGAAGUUAUGCAACAUAAGAGGGUAAGAUCGUCGUUCAAUCCUUCAUUAACUCAUUUACCAUUCGGAGCUUCCAAUACCAAUUUGACCAACACUAGACACUCACAAAUUCCUAGCUUAUACAUAAACAAUAACAACAGUGACUACUCUGUUAGUCAACAGGAUUCUGAAGCAAAUGCUUCUAGCCAAACUGCUGCUGCUUUGACUCAACAAACUGGAAGAGCUAACAGAAGAGCACUUCCUUCUAUGUACCUUGAGGAUUUGAUUGACAAAGAAUAGAUUAUUUUUUAUAGUUAGAUUGUUCCAUAGUGUUUGAACAUAGAGAAUUGUUUUUUUUUGGUAUAUAUUGUCUGUAGUGUGUUGCAAACACGAUUAAGUAAUCAGUAUGAACUAGUACAGUCGUCAUAGUGUCAAUUGUGUGGAAAUCAGUAUACUUCAAUACGUACGUACUUACCUCAUAAGCAGCAUAGCCACCUCGCUAAUCAUACAGAUUGCUGAUAAAAGCGCCACUAAAUCAAGGUU